GUGUGUGUGUGUGUGUGUGUGUGUGUGUGUGUGUGUGUGUGCGCGCGCGUGUGUAUGCGCUCGCGAGCGUGUGUGUGUGUUAAACAGCGCUCUGCUUCAGCUGCUGACUUCCUUAUUCCAGUAAAACUUUUUAGUCGCGUUCGGGUUUUUCUCCUGUGCGGUGUGUCGGAUGUCUGGAAUCGGAAUUUCUUCCUUUCUUCUCUUCAUUAUUCGGUGAUCUGCUGAUCGUUAUUCCUGCCGUUACAGGGAGCGCGUGCGUCUGGAUCACGGCGUAGGAUGUUAACACCAUAGAUGUUAUAAAGAACCCUCGUGCUAAUCCAUGAGCAGAACCAUGUUUGGAUAUUGGAUAACCUCGAUCUUGUUCCUGUCCACGUUAUGUGAGCUGUUCGCAGCAGCACGCUCGUCAGUGAACGACACACAGCAGAAAUCCAGGAACGAAACCCACGAUAUCGACGACUCUCGCAACAAGAUCAUGAUGGCGCAGUUUGAGUGUUACCAAAAAAUCACCAAGGACAACAAUCGAGAUCGAAAUGCUGGGCCGAUGUGUAACCGCACAUGGGACGGCUGGCUGUGUUGGGACGACGUGGAGGCUGGAAACACAGCAACACAACACUGUCCGGAUUACUACAAGGACUUCGACACUUCUGAGCUGGCUACGAAAAUCUGCACCGAAUCUGGCAAGUGGUUUGUCCACCCCGACAGCAACCGAACCUGGACCAAUUUCACAACCUGUAAGCAAUUCACCGUCGAGCGUCAGCAGACGGCGAUUAACCUCUACUACCUGGUCCUGAUCGGUCACGGACUGUCGCUGAUCUCUUUGCUGGCUUCUUUAGGGAUAUUCUUCCACUUUAAGAGUUUAAGUUGCCAGAGGAUUACGCUUCAUAAAAACCUUUUCUUCUCCUUCGUACUGAAUUCAGUCAUAACAAUUAUCUCCUUCACGGCUGUUGUGAACAACCGCGAGGCCAAUCCUGUGAGCUGUAAGGUGUGCACGUUUAUCCACCUGUACAUUCUGGGCUGUAUGUACUUUUGGAUGCUGUGUGAGGGAAUCUAUCUCCACACACUCAUCGUGGUGGCUGUGUUUGCCGAGAAGCAGCGCCUCAUCUGGUAUUAUCUGCUGGGUUGGGGAUUUCCUCUUAUCCCCGCUGUAAUACACGCUGUAGCCAGGAGCUAUUACUACAACGACUUUUGUUGGAUCAGUUCAAAUACGUCUCUGCUUUAUAUUAUCCACGGACCCGUCUGUGCCGCCUUACUGGUGAACCUGUUCUUCCUCCUGAACAUUGUUCGGGUGUUAAUCACCAAGCUGAAAGUGACCCACCAGGCAGAGACCAGCCUCUACAUGAAGGCAGUGAGAGGCACGCUGAUCCUCGUCCCUCUCCUGGGCAUCCAGAUCGUCCUGCUGGAAUACAAACCCGAGGGCCACCGGACCAACGAGAUCUACGCGUACAUGAUGGCCAUCCUGAUCCAUUACCAGGGUCUGCUGGUGGCUACAAUCUUCUGCUUCUUCAACGGAGAGGUCCAGGGUGUGUUAAAGCGUCACUGGAAUCAGUACCGUAUUCAGUUCGGCAGCACGUUCGCCAACACGGAGGCGCUGCGCUCGACGUCCUACACCACCUCCUCCAUGACCGAGGUGCACCGUUGCUACAGCAUCGACAGCCACAUGGACACGCUGAACGGCAAGAGCUUCCACAGCCUGGAGACCACCAUCCUCCGCUCAGAUAACAUCUACAUGUGAGGAGUGCUGUACACGUUCUACACACUCCCAGACAACAAACAGAGACAACCGUGAGCCUCCAGCCUCCAUUCGAGCGGCUAUCAAAAGUACUUCGGCACUGAAAGCGCCUUUUGCUGUGAAUUCCAGAUAACAUCUUCGGUGAUUUCCUAACGAGAGCGGGAUUCUUAGUGUGAGCUGAGGACCGACACAGAACACAGAUGGAGGCUAGAACCCACAUGAAUAAUGAACACGAACGCUGAUGAAAGCGCCGCCCGUUGGCCGCGCUCGCAAUCUUAAACAGGACGGCAUGUGGGAUUAGCAACACACGAGAGACUUUACAAGAAAUCUGGAUUACAUUCCCUCUGGCUCAGAAAGGACGUUCUGUGAGAUUUGGGAUAACAAAAAGGAAAGACAGGAAAAAAAAUAUUCUAUACUGGGUGUAUUGAUUGUGAAACUCCAUCUGGUCUUUGUUGUGUUUCUGCACUUGAUGGGUUGAAAGGUUUCUGGAAAAGGGGACUUCAUUAUUAAAAAACGGACACAGACCACAGUAAGGAGAAGCGCAAAGCCUAUAAGCCUUUAUUUAUGGAAAAGCAGUUAUGUCUUUAACUCUUUACGCUAACAGCUUGGGGAAUUCAAACUCCUCGUGUGCUUAGAGAUGUCUUAAACAUGGAUAAUACCGAUUAUAUCUAUACAUAAAUUUAAUACAGCACCAAAUGGUUAGCACGUUCGUCUCACACCUCCAGGGUCGGCGUUCGAUUCCCACCUCCGCCUUGUGUGUGUGGAGUUUGCAUGUUCUCCCCGUGCCUCGGGGGUUUCCUCCGGGUACUCCGGUUUCCUCCCCCGGUCCAAAGACAUACAUGGUAGGUUGAUCGGCAUCUCUGGAAAAUUGUCCGUAGUGUGUGUGUGUGUGAUUGAAUGAGAGUGUGUGUGUGCCCUGUGAUGGGUUGGCACUCCGUCCAGGGUGUAUCCUGCCUCGAUGCCCGAUGACGCCUGAGACGUCCAGAUAAGCGGUAGAAAAUGAAUGAAUGAAUGAAUAUAUAUGACUGAUUUUGUGCUGUAUUAAGUUUAUUUAAAUCAGUUUACUGCUUAGCAAAGCUCUUACUCGAAAAGGAAAAGUCUAUUUCUUGUUUUUUUUUCCUUCACUUUCACAAUCAGCAUAGAUACGUUUACGUAUCGAUUUUCAGAUCGACUAAUAAAUAGAUGAGCACAGGAGGCCUUAUUCAGCAUGUCUUUAUGUCUGGAACAUAUAGGUGCUUGUCGUAUUAUUGCGUAUUACUUAUUUUUAGGGCAUUUCAACUUCAUAUGCUGGAAAACCUCAAACAAACUGCUCACACUGUACAACAACGUACAACAAAGCAUGUAAAUAGACUUCUGUAAACAGCGUGUCGAGAGAGACGGAUGUCAGUGCGAGUGUGUAUUUAUAAACACAUAACCAUCAGCGCUUACAGUCAGUUACGAGCCGUAUCGACAUCUCCUCUGUGUAAUCUAUCGAUUGGUAUCUGUUAGCAAAAAAAUGCUUCGUACCUUUUAAAUUGUUCGUCUUUAUCACUUGGCACGCGGUCUGGGUUUACAGAGGCGGGGCGUGACGAGCGUGGCGCCGCGCCGAGGAAACGCCGUGUCAGUGCCGCAGUUUUUCCUUAUAAGUUAUUUGUAUUCUGAGGAUUAUACUUUGUAGGUUGUAAUCAUAUUGCGGAGUUUACUUCUUCGGUAUUUUAUUUGUAUUGUAUUGCUUUCACACCAUAGUGUACUUGUGCUUAAGAAUACAAAUGCAACCAUAUAAAGUUGUUUAUCGACCAGCA